UUCGAUUAGACUACUCCUUGCAACCGAAUCGACUCGGCUCUGCCCUGCUUUAGGGUUUGAGAUCGGUCCGACGCCCAUGGAGACGCCGCAGAAGAGGAGACCCCGAGAUGGGGUGGACGACGAAGAUGCAGAGGCGAUCAAGAAGCGGCGGCUCUCAGACGGAGAAGGCGAAGAAGACGACGGAAGCGGCUCUCUCCCAGGCCUCUCUGUCUAUAAGGACGAGGAUGACGAAGCUGAGGAGGCGAUGGUCCGGAGAGAGCGGGGGAGUGACGGUUCGAAUGGUAUUGGUGAGGUCGGGAGUGCCCGCGGCGAGGCGGUAGAGAAUGGCGGUCAUAGAGUUGGAGGAGUAGGAGAUGAGGAAGUGCAGGAGGUAGAGGAUGAGGCCGCAGAUCGACCUCCUGCUCCCGUGAGGCAGCAGCGGCAAGUGGAGCGCCGGAGGGACUGUCCCUAUCUUGAUACCGUUAAUCGUCAGGUUUUGGACUUUGACUUUGAGAGGUUCUGUUCUAUAUCUCUCUCAAACUUAAACGUUUAUGCAUGCUUGGUUUGUGGAAAGUACUACCAAGGAAGAGGUCUGAAUUCUCAUGCAUAUACACAUAGCCUUGAAGCAGGUCACCAUGUAUACAUCAAUCUUCAAACUGAAAAAGUUUAUUGCCUUCCUGAUGGAUAUGAAAUAGAUGAUCCAUCAUUGGAUGACAUCCGACAUGUUCUAAACCCAAGGUUUUCGAAAGGACAAGUUCUGCACCUUGAUGAAAACAGGCAAUGGUCAAGAGCUCUGGAUGGGUCGAACUAUCUGCCUGGAAUGGUGGGUCUCAACAAUAUUAAGGAGACCGAUUUUGUGAAUGUCACAAUUCAGUCCUUAAUGAGAGUGACUCCUCUGAGGAACUUUUUUUUAAUCCCUGAGAACUAUCAACAUAGUAAAUCUCCACUUGUUCAUCGAUUUGGAGAACUUACACGAAAAAUUUGGCAUGCAAGGAACUUCAAGGGACAGGUUAGCCCCCAUGAGUUUUUACAAGCAGUUAUGAAAGUCAGUAAUAAGCGUUUCCAAAUAGGUGUUCAAUCAGAUCCUGUUGAAUUUAUGUCCUGGUUGUUGAACACGUUGCAUGCACAACUAAGAAUUUCAAAGAAAAAGGAUCGAAGCAUUAUUUAUGACUGCUUUCAGGGUGAAUUGGAGGUUGUAAAAGAGAUACAGACGAAACUUCUUAUCGAGAAGAAAGAUAAUGAUGAGGAGCAGUACAAUGUAACUGUUGCAGAGGGUGGAUCAUCAAUUGAUAAUGUUGUGAGGGAAGCAUCUAGAGUACCAUUCCUAAUGCUUGGUCUUGAUUUGCCACCACCACCUCUUUUUAAGGAUGCAAUGGAGAAAAACAUUAUACCUCAGGUUCCCCUCUUCAACAUAUUGAAGAAGUUUGAUGGUGAGACUAUCACAGAGGUUGUGAGGCCUUGUAUAGCAAGGAUGAGAUAUCGUGUCAUCAGACUGCCCAAGUAUCUAAUUCUUCAUAUGCGUCGAUUUACAAAAAAUAAUUUCUUCAUAGAAAAGAACCCGACACUAGUCAACUUUCCUGUGAAGAAUCUUGAAUUGAAGGAUUACAUUCCAUUGCCCCCACCAAAGGAGAACAAGAAGUUGCGGUCAAAAUAUGAUAUCAUAGGGAACAUAGUUCAUGAUGGCAAGCCCGGAGAGGGAAGUUAUAGAGUUUUCGUGCAGCGAAAAUCAGAAGAGCUCUGGUAUGAAAUGCAGGACCUCCACGUCACUGAAACUCUUCCUCAAAUGGUUGCUCUCUCUGAAGCCUACAUGCAAAUAUAUGAGCAGCAAGAGUGACUGUGGGAUGGCUUCUUUCUUGCUCACAAGGUUACUAAUGUAUAUGACAAGCGCCAAAAACUGCACGACCAUUGCAGAGGGUAACCGGGCUGCCCAUUUUUUAGCAGCACAAUUCUGGCUGAAACUUAUUUGGAGUCUUCUUUGGUUGGGACUUCAUGUUAA